CACACAAACGUUGCCUGGUGGGAGGUGCGCAGCAAUAACAUGAUGGCUGCUGACUCUGAGACAUGGUAAACAUUCCGAGUUUGCUGCCUUCAGCGCUGGAGGGACGCCGUGAGUGAGUGUAGGCGGACUGGAGGAGGAGUGAGGACGCCCUCACCGUCAAGAUGUCAAGUUCAUUUGUUAAAGACUGUUCAGAUGUUUCGGCUCCGGGAAACUCCAAUUCUGGGAAAACGGUGAUCAUCAUCGUUAACAAUGAAACUGGAAAUGUCUCACUGGAUGGAGAUGAACUACAAAACUUGCUGGCAAGCCAUGGAGCAGAUGGCUCUCAAGUCAGCGUAGUGCGGAUGGGAAGUGGCGGAUUAGAGAAUCUCUGUGAAGCGAGCAUUGCCUCAAUUGCUACUUCUGAUGGUACUCAGCAUGUUAAUUUGACUGUUGAGGGCUACCCAGCAAUUCCAGUCGAAGGACAGAUUGGAGGUGCUGGGAACUAUGCCGAGCUGCCUUUGGAUGCCGAUGCUUUUCGACGGCUUGAGAGUGUCCUUGAGAGUGAGGAAGCCCGGGAGAUACUUGGGGAACCUCUCCUUAAUAUGGUCACCAAUCCAGAGCAGCUGGGCACUCUUGAUGAAUUAAUGGACUCCACCUUAUUUGAAGGAGAGUCUGAAGAUGCACCUAUCUCUGAAGAUGGUGCGUCUUCACCGAGAGGAGGAUCUCCCUUGAGAACUUCUCGUCCUCCCCCAAAGCGCAGGUCACAGAGACAAAUGGAUAAAGCAGAAAGAGAAGAGGUCGAGAAAAUUUUGGCCGAGAACCAGAAGAAAUUGCAAGAGGAGCGACAACAGCUGGACGAAAAUCAAGUAUUAACAAAAUUGAAUACAAUAUCUGUUAGUUCAGUUAAUAAAGUAGAGAGUGAGGAUGAUGAAGACUUGGAAGAAAAUUCUGUUGAAGAUGCACAAGAAAGUUUAAAGACUGAAUGUGAAGAUGAGAAAAAUGAGACUUGUACAACACAGAGCAAAGGAAAAACCGAGAAGCCAGAUGAAGAACGCACUUCAGCCCCGAGAGGAAAAGGCAGAGGACGAAACCGAGUGAGAUGCAGAGGGAAGAUAGAGAGAGAGAAAGAAAGUACACAGGAAGUGAAAGGUAAACAAAAGGGAAAAAAGGAUAUAGAAGAUCCAGAAGUCAUGGCGCCUGAAAAAGACACUACUGGAGGAAGGGGUCGAGGGACACCAAAGGAAGACGUUGCCACUGUGAGAGGAAGGGGAAGAGGAAGAGGAAGAGGUCGAAUAGUCAGUUUUAAGGAGAAUAAUGCAGAAGUGGUAAAGACUGUGGAAUUGGAAAAUGACAAGAAUAAGUCCAUUUAUGAAGCAUCAUCAGGUUUGAAGAUGAAAGAAUUAAAAGUUACUGUUAAGAAGAUGGAUAUAGAGCAGACAGUGGACAGAAAGGGGUCGCCAACUGAUGAAAACGAUUCAAAAUUAACUGAGGAGGAGUGCAUAAAGAUGACCUUGGCGGGUGAAAUCGAGGCUGACGAGUCAGGUGUAACACCAGUGAUUCAGGAGCCUGAAUUGCCAAUAGAUACCUCCAAGAAGAAAAUGAAGAAACCACCAGUAACCCCUAAAGUAAUACCUCAGUUUGAGCCAGCUUUAUUCUCGACGCCAGAUGUUAUGCUUAAAGUAGGCGAUGUCAACUCGCCCCAAGCUAUAGCAGUGAAGGGAAAUGGUAAGCCGGUCAAGGCUCGAAAAAUUCUACUAGUUAAAAAAAUAAAAAAAGAAAUUGGAGAAGAAAGUGCAAUAAAGAAAGAAGAUAGACAGAACAAUGUACUCAGGAAAGAGAAUGGACAGUCUAAUGUUUUAAAGAAAGGAAAUGGACAAACUAGAAUAAAAAAGAAAGAGAAUGGGCAGACUAGUGUAAAAAGAAAAGAAAAAAAUGGGCAGACUAGUUUAAAAAUAAAAAGAAAAGAGAGUGGGCAGACUAGUGUAAAAAGAAAAGAGAGCGGACAAACAGUUGUAAUAAGCACAGACAGUGGACAAAGUGAUGUAAUAAAUAGUGAGAGUGGACAAACUAAAGUAAUAAGUGAAGGGAAUUUACAGACUAGUGUUAUUCAGGGUGGGAAUGAACAGACGAGUGCAAGUACAAAGGAUGAGAAAUCCAAUCCUAUCAUUAAACUUGAUAACAUGGAUAUACCAAAAAGUGAUGUUUCUGACAUGGCUGAAAAUAAUUCUGCCACUUCAGAGGUUAACCGGAAAGAUGAGAAAGAGCAGAGGUCUACUGGGGAGACUUCUAAGAAAUCACUUAAUGAUGUCAAGGUCAACAAAUCUUUGGAAAAGAGAGAUGCUGUUUCUGAACUCAGGUCAAAAGUCAUUCAUGUCAAGAGUCCUAUGGGAGUCCGACAAGUUGUCGUUUUAAACUCGGCUAAAGCUGGAAUGUACAGAGAGACGUUAGUGAAAGUUAUACCACCGAAAGAUCCACCUCGAGAAGAGGAGAAAAUAUCACCUGCAAAACAAAGAAUGUUGGCAAAGAAGGAACUACAUUUGCAGAAGAAAAAAAUUGACCCACAAAAAAGUGAGAUUGCUAGCUUUGGAGUGAUUAAUGAUCAUAAGAUUAAAGAUUCAUUCAAAUCAGAAGUGCACAGACAAGCUCAUAUGCAAAAGAAAGCAGACAGGAUAGAUAGUCAUAAAAGUGGAGAUCCAUUGAAGCCAUCUGAGGAAGCUUUCUUGUCCAAGAAAAAGGAAGAAGCCCUUAGAAGAAAAGAAGAAAUACAACAGAAGAGAGAUGAGAUCUUAAGAAAACGGGAAGCUAUAAAGAAAAGGAAAGAUAUUCAAAGAAAAGAAAAUACUCAGCAAAAGAAUAUUGAAGCAGUUGAUAGGAAAUUGGAUAAUAAUAUUCCCAGGCAAGAAAGAACUCUACCUAAUAAUGAAGCCAUAACAAAGGAUGGAGAAAUUAAAAAACAUAGACCAAUAGCCAACAUUCCUCGUAAAAUCAUACAAGUUGUGCACAAAAUAAACUCUCCAGUGCCCAAGUUGCCCGCAGAGGACUCGCCAGUUAGACGGAGCAACCGAGCUAUAAAGAAAAAAACCUUCGGGGAUGAAAUGUUAACAUUUGACCUGAAGGCCGAUCUUGUUGCUUGUGCAGAAGAGGAACAAGAGCCAGAAGAGGAGUUCGAGAGUGAAGGAGAUGAAGAUGAAGACUCGCUGGAGGAUUAUGGUGAAGACGAUGACCCUGAACGGCUGUGGUGUGUGUGCCAGAAGCCUCACAACAAUCGCUUCAUGAUUUGCUGUGACAAGUGUGAGGAUUGGUUCCAUGGGUCCUGUGUUGGUGUUACCAAGGCAAUAGGUCAGCAGAUGGAAGAAGAUGGACAAGAGUGGGUUUGUCCUAAAUGUAAAAAAGCUGAGCGGGCCAUGAAGGGCUAUGGGCUACCAGGUAAAAAAUCUGCUGAUGGUUCAGAGAACGAGUUACCAGAAAUAUUACGACACUCAAUUACCAAAAAUGGGAGCCAAGCGGGCAAUAGAUCAGUUAUGCUUCAAGAGGGCCAAACAAUACCAAAGAGAAUUGUAGUAGGAGAAAAGAAGGUAGAGAUACAGCAGACAAGGCAGCCGGUGACAAAGAAAGGGUCACGAGAUGGUCACUUCACACCAGUAAAAUUAUAUAAUGACAAGAAGAUGGAUGCUUCUACAAUAAUCCCAGUAUCUCCCCCCAAAAAUUUAAAUGGAGGAAAAGAGUGUGUGGUAGAGUCGUGCAAUAAGGCUCCAAAAGCGGACUCCAUCUACUGUAGCAACGACUGUGUUCUCAAGCAUGCACAAAUGUCCCUUAAAAUGUUGGGCAAAACUGACAAGGUAGAAGAGGUACAGUGUGGGAUAGAUGCAGUGAGUUCUCUUGAGAAGAGCAAGCCUCGAGUGUUGGUGUACCACAAAAGCACUGGAAAGAUCCUCUCAGGUGGGGAAGCCCCAACACUUGUGCAGCUCAAGGAGUGGCUGGAGGAGCAUCCCGACUAUGCCGUACUCCAGCCAGGGAUGAUGGGAUCAUCUGGAACAGUGAUUAGUACAAAUACUCAGCUCUCGCCCUCAAAUUUCUACGGACAGAAAAAGGUUAUUCAGAUUCCACCCAAAUCUGUGGCAGCCCCGAUUUCCCUCACGCCUCGUCACAAAGUGGCAGUUGUGAAACCUGCCGACGUAAGAAUCAUCGUUAAGACAUCGGAGACCUCGGAUAAAGAAGUUGGCAAUAAGGCCGUUGCCAGCAUGUCUAUGUCUACUCCAACCAAGUCGGUUGUAGUUAGCACUACUAAACCGACUGUUUUACCUACAACAGCUGUUAUUAAAGAUGGAGAGGUGAAGAAGGAUGCAGCGGGUGUUAAUAAAAAGGAUGAAACCAAUCCUUCCAAAAACACCCCUGCCAAAGAGAAUAAAAAACUCUCAGACAGUGUCACUGUACUAAUACAGAAUAAACCAGCAUCUGUAGAAAAGAAGAAGCCUGACCCAAAUGAAGUUAGAAACAACAUUAAGAAGACCCUCUCAGAUUGUCUUAUCAAGCGCUUCCACGAUGCUAAAAAUGAGUUUGAUGACCUUAAUGAAGAUGACAUAAAGGUUCUUGCAGAAGAGAUAGAAAGAGAGCUUUAUGUGUUCUUUGGGAAGGAUGUUGGGUUCAAGUACAAGUCUCGCUACAGGAGUAUUCUUUUUAAUACCAAAGAUACAAAGAACAGUGGGUUGUUCCGCAAGAUAUUAAAUGGAACAAUUUCUCCAUCUAACUUGGUUAGAAUGACAUCUGAAGAGCUAGCAUCCAAAGAACUUUGUGAAUGGCGAGAGAGAGAAGAGAAGAAGGAACUUCAAGCUAUUGAAAAAUAUGAACUGGACAUGAUUGCUCUGGGUAACCAGUAUAUAAUGAAGUCACAUAAAGGAGAAAUUGAAAUUGACAAGGAUGAAUUUAUCAAGGAUAAAGAAAAAGCUCCCGAAACUCUCAACUCGCUUCCAGCAGAUCCAGUGGCAGAAGUGCUAGAGGACACAACGUUAAGCCAUGCAAAUCACAUGUAUGAUCUUAAUUGCAAAAUAUGCACAGGAAAACAAGACCAUUCAUUGAUCCGACAAAUUUCGAAAUCUCAAAAUGAUAAAAGUGAAGAGAAGGCUAAAAAAGAUACAAAAGACAGCAAGCAAAAAGAAGCAGAGAAAGUAAAGGAGAGGAAAGAGAGGAAGAGCUCCUCGGACAAGGACCGCAGGGAGAGGAGAGACUCUACGGACAGAGAGCGUCACCGCCAUAAAAGUAAAGAAAGUGACAAGGACAGAAGGUCACGAGAUGAAAAGAACAGAGAUAAAGAGAAAGAAAGAGACAAUAGGGAUAAAGAGAAAGACAAAGACAGCAGGGAUAAAGAGAAAGAUAAAGACACGAGGGAUAAGGAGAAGGACAAAGAUAACAGGGAUAAGGAGAGAGAGAAAGAGAAAUCUAAAUAUAAAGAAAUACAUAAAGAUGAACAUUCUAGUGACAGAGAUAAAGAUAAGAGUCGAGACAAGCACCGAAACAGUAAAGAUGGGGAGAGAUACAAGACUAGCACUGAUAAAGAGAAGAAAGAUAAGGAAAGAAGAGAUUCUAGAGACAAAAAAGAUGAUCGAGAUAAGAAACACAGAGAGAGACAUAAGGACAGGAGGGACUCGAAGGAUGAUAGAGAGCGAAAAAGACGAGAUAGUAGUGAAAAAAGUGAAAGAAAGCGUAAAUACAGCGAAUCUCGAAGUGAAGAUAAGAAGAGAAGAGAAAGUAUAAAAGAGAGUUCAAAGAGAAAAGAGAGUUGUGAAGAUGAGAAACAAAAAGAAGAAGUAGUGAGCACGAGUGAAGAUGUGGUAUUUGAUCCAUAUUCUACAGAGAAGCAUUUGUCUUCACACCUGGACUCGGAUGCCAAAGAUGCUGAACCAACUUCCACGGUAAUUGGGAGCCCAGAGAUCUAUGAGAUAAAGGACUAUUCAUCACCCUGUAGAGAAGUCAGAGCGGAAUCACCGCCACUUUUUCCUGAGAGUCUUGUGAUGCCCCCACUCCCACCUGACUCUCCAGGGUAUGUCCCACCUCCGCCCACUUAUGAUUCCUUGGAGUCUUCACCUCUGCCAGAAGGAUCCAUGACCAAUGCACUGCCAUACGAUGGGUCUACCACCCCUCCGCUUCCUGAUUAUAUUCCCACAACUCCACCUCUUCCUAGUGAGGAUAUUCCAAGUGCUCCUCCUCUGCCUGAAGACGAAAGUCCCUGUACUCCUCCUCCUCUCCCAGAUGAUGAUAUUCCAUGCACCCCUCCACUUCCCGAUGAAGAUUGUCCCGACACGCCGCCGCCACCAAUUGAGGACAUGCCUUUUGCUCUGCCAACGUCAGAAUUGGGAGGUUCGACUACACCACCUUUACCAAAGGAUAGUAUGUCUCUAAUAUCAUCGUAUUCUGGAUCACUGUUGCCACCACAACAACCAUCAUUUUUAUCUGAUUUCAACAGUGACUCAGACAGAUUAACUCCACCUCCUAUAGGUGUCCAAAAACUAGGUGUUGCAUCAGCGACGUUACCUGGUGCCAUUUCUGCCGAGCCUUAUAAUGUAUGGAAAGGAAUCAUACACAUGCCCGACGUGGCCAAGUUUCAGGCAUCAGCUUUUGAGGUAUCUGGUAAGGCCAAGUUUCUCCCAGAUGAUGUGCCAAAUUCAGUGGAAGUUGUUGGCCGCAUUGCACCAGACACCGUUUGGAGCUACAUUGCACAAAUGAAGAAGAGUGGGUCUAAAGAAAUCCUGGUGGUUCGAUUUCAACCAGCAAAUGAAGAAGAAAAGGUUUCAUACAUAGCUUUGUACUCUUACUUGUCCUCAAAAAAAAGGUAUGCUGUUAUUGGGAACUGUGAGAAAUCGGUGAAGGACUUUUAUGUUGUUCCUCUUGCAUCUCAUCAACCCAUUCCACAAGUUCUUCUUCCAUUGGACGGUCCUGGGUUUGAGGAACACCGAGCCCAUAUGCUAAUUGGGGUAAUUGUGCGUGCCAAGAGCAAGCGGGUGUUUGAUCACGUUACUGGUACCUGGAGUGUAGUGGGGACAGGCACAGGUCUGCCAUUUCAACCUAUGCAUAAACCCCAUGAGUUACCAGAGCGGAGCUACACACCACCACUCCCUACUGAUGAAGACAUUCAAGAAAUUGCAUUGGCUGCUAAGGAUUCCGAUGAUGAAAUGGACGUAAAUGAAAGGUCUGUUUCUGUUCCAAAGAAUCUUGAAGAGACAUCAAUGGGUUUUCUUGAGCCAGGAACAUUAAAGAGACCAACAAGAGAUGCAGUUGAAGAUAUACAACCUAAGAAGCGACACAUUGACCUGGUAAAUGAUUCCCCAGCUGCUGUUACUUCCUGUAUAAAUGAAGAGCCAAAUAGCCCUAUUGAAGAAACAUUUGUUGAAGCAUCAUUAGAUCAAGAAUCCAUGUUAGCAGAACUUAAUCGGCAAAUUGAAGAACACAAGAAGGAGUUAAGUGAAAUGCAAAAGACAAUUGGUAAUGAAGAUGAAGAGCCGUAUAGCCCCUCGUGUGCUCAAAACCUCCCUUCUUCUGGGAGUGAACAAUUAAAACUUGAUACAUCUAAAAUCAGUAUUCCAUCCAAUUUACAAGAAAUACUAGAUAACAUUAAACAGAAAGAAGUUGAAAUUAAACAGAAGGAACAAGAAAUUAAAAGGAGAUUAAGCCUGUCAUCAGAUCCCAUUGUGAUGAAUUAUGGCAAGUAUCAGGACUCUGACAAUAAAAAGACUGGUGAUAGUAUAGUCACUGGAGCUAAGGCUGAUGUGGAUUUGAGGCCAUUACUUCAAAGUAAAUCUAGUAAAGAUCACAAAAGUGAUGUAGAUCUACGCAUUUUAAAAAAUACAGACGACAACAAUGAAAACUUUGGAAAUAGAGUAGACUCGGGUUUGAAAGCUGAUGAAGAUACGGAUCUCAGAAUAAGGGAUCCACGGUUAGUUCGUGCUCAAGCUGCUGCUAGUUUGGAGAAAAGCAAAGCAUUGAGUAAAAUGAGUGAUGAAGAGUUGCUUGCUAAAGCCUCAGAGAUGGAAGAAAAUGAAAAUAUUAAUAAACCUCAUUCAGAAAUAGGAGCUGAAUCUCUUUAUCACCCAGUUCAACCCUCUUUCAUGCAGGCUGGUCUAGCAAGUAGUUAUAUGCCCCAAGGAGGCCCUGUUGUGUUGCCAUCUCACCCGCCUAGCAUUUCAGGUCAUUCUGGUUACAUUGGUGCUAUGGGGCCUCCACAACCCAUAGAUCUAUAUGGGUCUCAGCCAGGAAGACUACCAGGCCCAGAAAGACACGUGCCGCCUGCUCCCUUAGAUCACUUGGAUUCCAUAGACCAUUCAGGGGCCCAGUUACCUCCUCCUAGUUACAUAGGUCCCCACAGUUCUUUAGGUCCUCAUGGGCCUUCAAGAUACUCGGGAGCACAUGGCCCUGCGAGACGUUUUCCAGGUAGUGGAUGGGAAGGAGGAAAGAGUUAUAACAACAGAGGGUGGGGCCAUCACUAUAACAAGUCGAGAGAUAGAGAUCGAGAGAGAGAUAGAGACUGGGAAAGAGGUCGAGACUGGGAAAGAGAUCGAGAAUGGGACAGAGAUUGGCGCUCGAGAGCAAGUAGAGAUAAGGGACAUUCAAAGUUUCCUCACACUGGAAAAAAAAGACGUGAAGGAAAAACCGAUAGUCAUGAAAGGAACAGAGAUAACUCGUAUCGUGAGAGGUAUGAGAGAGAGCAUCCUUAUGAAGAGCAAGAGUGUGAUAGAGGUAGUCCUUAUCCAGAAAUUGAUUAUUAGUUGUAAAUUAUAAAAAAAAAAACUUAUGCAACAUGUAUUUUAAAUAAUAGUCUUUUAAAGGCACACUCCUCUAAAAGAUAGUGUUUUUUAUUUUUAGCAGCAAUUAUGAAAGUCGGCUACAAAGUACAGUUUGUAGUGACAUUGUGUGAACUAUUUUAUGUAUUUUGUGCAUACAACUGAAAAUGGCCAGUGUUGUACUUGCUCAUAUUGGGCAAUUCCACACAGAUGUAUAUAUAUUGGAUUUUCGAAAAGGACUGCCUCACCAAUUGAGGAUUUAAAAAGAAAAACUAAAAAUUUUUGAUUAUUCAGUUUUGCCUUCUAUUGUCAGAUUGAUGAAUUCAAAGACCCAUUUAUAACUUAAUUUGGUCUCUUAAUAAUAUUGAAAUUCAUUGACUGAAUUAAUUGAAAGUGGUAGAUGAAAAAAUAGUAGGUGCAGUUGUGUACAUUACAGUGCCUCUUGGUACAGCAAUCACUGGCACAUUGGAUACAAGAUACUGUGUAACAAAACUAUUGAAAAAAAGAUUUUUUUUGUUGAUAAUACAAGUCAAAGAUAGUCCCAAGAGGAUAAAACUAAUUUAAAAGCAGGUAAACUGACUCUGAAAUGACUAUCCCAAACUUGUAUAAGAGAUGAUGGUAUGCAUGGACAACCUGUAAAUAUGUCUUGUAUAAAUUUUUAUUGUAAUUACGUGAAACAGAGUUAAUACAUUUUUAAAUUGUCAUUUUUUUUUUUUUUUUUUUUUUUUUACAGUGGGCUAGUCUAUGCUAUAGGCUGGCUGACUCACUCCUUAUCACUUCAGCAUUGCACUUGAGCUUCAGAGUUUUCAUGAGCAGAAGAAUGUAAGAUUUCAAAGUAUUAUUGUUCAAGCUACAGUAUCUACCUAUGUUCACUGAUGAAUAUUGAAAGUUAUUCCCUUCUAUUAUAUAUAUACUGUGUUAUGUUUCUGCAAAGAAUGGGAAGACAGGAGCUUGGUACAGACCUGUCUUGAAUAGUUUGUAUGGAUGUUUGUUUAAAGAAAUAGAAUACUGUACAGUAUGUUUGUUUGGGGGGAGCAGGGAGGGGGUGCAAAUGUAGGCCUGGCACCAAGGCAGUGUUGAGGGGAAGUGUGUCAUUAUCAAGUUGCUAUGUACUGUAUAUAGGAUCAUGUUAUUUUACAUAAGUGUAAUGUACAAGAUUAGUUAAGUUUCUUUGAAUUAAGUGUUAGCUAUGUAAAUACUGUGAACAUUGCAGAGCAGGCAUUCUUGAAAAACUUUGUUUUUUUUCUAAGAUGUGUUUCUUUUAUAAAAGUACCUGUAUUUUUUAAAGCAAAAUGUAUUAUUGAAUGGUCAAAACAAAUAAAAAUAUAGUUUUUUUAAAUAAAUUUUUAAUUUCCUUUAUAGAAAAAAAGGUGAAAAGAAAAGGUUGAGGUCUUAUUAGCGAAUGCCUGCCACAAUGUAUCACACUUGUAGAGUCAAUCAAUAAAUCCUACACUAACUGGACGUCGUCUG